UUGGUAAAACUGCGCGCAAGAAGUCACCCACGGAUUUGUCAACCUCCAAAAUAGGCAAUAGCCGAUUGGAACUUAUUUAUAUAUAUAUAAUUUUAGCUAAUUGUGAAUUAGCAGAUCAGGAUGGCUUCCGAACAGAAAGCGGUGGAAAAGGAAUUGGACGAGAAGCAGUCGUACGCCGGCAUUCCGGAGGCCGAAUUCGUGGACGAUGUCGACGCUUACUUGGGAAAAAAGGAUAACGAAGGGAACGCAGACAAAGUUCUCAAGAAACUCGACGAGCAGCACUCGAAAUACAAGUUCAUGGAAUACAAUCUGCAAUCGAAAAGGAAACGUCUCCGCAACCAGAUCCCCGAUUUGAAGACCUCUCUGACGAUGAUCGAGAAACUGGAAACGCAGAAGGAGGAAUUCGAGACGGAGUAUCUGCUGAGCGAUCAAGUUUUCGUGAAGGCGAUCAUCCCACCCACGGACAAGGUGUGUCUCUGGUUGGGCGCCAACGUUAUGCUCGAAUACAAUCUGCAGGAUGCCAAGCAACUGCUCACGAACAACAUCAAUUCGGCUACCACUAAUCUGAUGCAUGUGGAUCACGAUUUGAACUUCUUAAGAGAUCAAUUCACAACAACUGAAGUAAACAUGGCUAGGGUGUACAAUUGGGAUGUCAAGAGGCGUCAAGCGGCGAAGGCGGCGAGCGCUGCGAAAUAGUUGGAUUAAAAAAAAAAGAAGAAACAUAUUCUUUGCAUUUACAACUAAAAAAAUUU